AUGUAUAGGUUAUUUAGGUUUCGGUCUCAAAUAAAUAAUGGAUUUCCUCAAAUAGUUUUAAUUGACAAGCCUCAUUUAUUAAAAACAGUGAAAUAUUCUAAUAUUCCAGAAAGUCUGCAAACUAAAACUAAGACUAAACAGUUUAAAAGAAAUUUAAAACGAUUUUCAGAAGUAGUACAAGUUACCAGUAGUGUUGCCAGUCAAUCUAAAGUAAAAGUAAAACAUUUAAAACCUAACCAAGUGCAAAAAAUGGUUGCCUGUAAAAAACCAUUGGCUAUGUUUCCUAAGACAUCAAAAACAAAUAAUAGUUGUUCUGAUAAAGUUUCCAUAAAAACUAUAUCUAACAUAAAAAAACACAGCAUUAAAGAAGAGCUGUUAGAUGAAAUGGAUGAAAUGAAUGAAGAUCAAAUCAGUUUGCUUAAAGAUACUGAUUUUUUACAAACAAUAACUAUGACAGAAAAUGACAUUGAAAAUAAAUUUGUUUCCAAUCAUUUAAAAGAAGAGCAAGACUUUUAUAAUAGCAUUGAACUAUCUAAAAGUAAAGAUAAAUUAUCAAAAAGAGAGCGUAAUCGAAAUAUCGCUGCAAAAAAUAAACUUGAGCUAAAAGAAGCUAUUAAACAACUCAAUAUUAAAGGCCGGGAAAAAAGUCUCAAUCAAACACUUCUAGCAUAUAUAGAUUUAUGUGUAUGUUGUGGAUUUCUUAAUAGAGGGUUAGCUGCUUUGAAUCAUUAUUGUUACAAGAGUGUUUCUAAUAAAGUAUCUCUAAAAAUAACAGAUAUUCGGAUUUUUACAUGUUUAAUGCAUGGUUUUGCAAGCAAGGGAAACUAUGAAAAAUUGAAAGAAAUUUGGUCAUUAUUAGAAUUAUCUCAAACAAAACCAAAUAUUCAAGCAUAUGCAGCUGCCUUUGAGUGUUUAGUUAAUAAAAAAGAACCAGGCUCAUUCGAUAUAUUACAAGAAUUAUCUAAACAAUUUUUGUCUGAUGGGUUUUCGUUUAAUAAUUUAUUUGAUAAUUGUAUCUAUGUCGGAAAUCAACGAGAACAAGUAUUAAAAGCUGUACGAUUAUUAAAUCCUUCGUUUGAACCACAUCACAGUAUUGAAAAUAUUUACUAUUCUUGCUCCCUUUUAGAUCAUUUGAAUUCACAAAAAUCUACGUUUAAAUGUCCAGCUGAAGGUCUUUUGGACGAAAAGAAAAUUCUUGAAUGUGCUCGGAAACAACUAGAAUUAGAAAUGUCUACUAUUGUAAAAGUACAGUCUGUUGACAAUAAUAAUUCUACACCAUCCCAAAAAGUUUUGGAUUAUAGAAAUAAAUUAGAAGACUUGCAAGAAAAAUGGAAAGAAACUAUAAGGAAUGCUAUUGCACGUGAAUUAGAAAGUAUACGUGCUCAGCAUAACUGUUUAAAAUCUUAUCGGAAUGUAAAUAUAUAUCCUUAUUUAAGAGUUUUAAAUACAGAGCAAUAUGUUGAUAUAAUUAUACAAGAAGUACGAAAGCUAGCCGAAGGGUCUGAAACAUUUAGUCCAACAGUAAAUUUGCUGUAUCGAAAUUUAGCUAAUCAAGUUAGAUUAAGGUACCAAAUUAAAUAUAAAAAGAAUACAAAAAUUUUGGAAAAAAUAAAAGCAGUUUACAGUGAUUAUUGUUUAUGGUAUAUGAAUAGUGAAAAUAGUGAUAGUCAAAAUACAAGACAACAAUGGCAACAAUUAAUAUAUAAAUACAAAGCAAUAGGAGCAGAUAUUGAACAAGAUGACAAACAAUGGCCUCCUACUGUAUUAAACAGCAUUGGAAAAUUUUUGUACAACAUUAUUAUUAAAGACAUAAAAAUUGAUGUUAACAUUAUGAAAGACAAUGUAGAAGAAGAGCAUUUAUUACCAGCAUUCUAUACAGUUUUUCGUGGACAAUGUCAACAUGUGAAACAAGAAAUUAAACCACAUCCUGUAUUGUCCAAACUUUAUCAGUUAUCUGAACCUAAUGAUUUAAUAUUUGAUGUUACUAUGAUUCCUAUGUUAAGUCCACCAGUUCCUUGGACUUCGAUCAAUUCUGGAGGAUAUAUUGCUGCUAAAGCAGAUCUAAUCAGGUUACCACAACAAGCUAUUUUACAAUGGCAUAGACUUGAGCAAACACCAAAACAGGAACUAUAUCCAGCCUUGGAUGCACUGAAUCAGUUGGCAUCUAUACCUUGGACUAUUAAUAAACCAGUUUUGGAUGUAGUUCUUCAAGUAUUUCGUUCUGGUGGUUCUACAAAAUUAGAUAUUCCAAAGCCUUUAUCUGCCUUCCCAUCUCCUCAACCAAUAUCACAGAGUAUGAGUAAAGAUGAACGUUCUAGGUUGUAUAAAGAGCGAGCUAUAUUAAAAAGACAAAAAGCUGAAAUGUUUAGUUUGUGGUGCGAUGCUUUAUAUAGGCUAUCAUUAGCAAAUCACUUUUGUGGUAAAACAUUUUGGUUACCUCAUAAUAUGGAUUUUCGUGGUCGAGUAUAUCCAUGUCCUCCUCACUUAAACCAUCUUGGCUCGGAUAUGGCCAGAUCAUUGUUGUGUUUUGCUAAAGGAAAACCACUUGGGUCUAAUGGUCUUAACUGGUUGAAGAUACAUUGUGUUAAUUUAACUGGACUGAAAAAAAGAAAUGCUGUUAAAGAGAGACUUCAAUAUGCAGAAGAGAUACUUCCAGAUAUAUUAGAUUCUGCUCAAAAUCCUUUAAAAGGAAAUAUGUGGUGGGCCGAAUCUGAGAAUCCUUGGCAAACUUUAGCGUGCUGUAUUGAGAUAUUUCAUGCUCUACAAUCAAAAAAUCCAGAAAACUUUAUUUCUCAUUUCCCUGUUCAUCAAGAUGGAUCAUGUAAUGGUUUGCAACAUUAUGCAGCUUUAGGUAAAGAUUUUGCUGGAGCAGUAAGUGUCAACUUAACUCCUUCUGAUAUACCACAAGAUGUGUAUAGUUGUGUUGCAGCUAUGGUUGAAAGAGAACGUUCAAAAGACGCUGCAAAUGAUGUUGUAAUAGCAAAAUAUUUAGAUGGAUUUGUUAGGCGUAAAGUAAUUAAACAGACUGUAAUGACAACAGUUUAUGGUGUAACUAGAUUUGGUGCUCGUUUACAAAUUGCUAAACAAUUAAAAGAUAUUGAUUCAUUUCCUAAAGAUAAAGUAUGGUCAGCUUCUACUUAUUUAGUGGCCAAAACAUUUGAAAGCUUAAGAGAAAUGUUCACUUCUACAAAAGAAAUACAAGAUUGGUUUACAGAAUGUGCCCGUGUAAUAUCACAAUCAUGUGGUCAAAGUGUAGAAUGGAUAACACCAUUAGGGUUACCCGUAGUUCAACCAUACAAUCGUAGAAAUAAAAGCCAUGAUUAUACUAAGAAAUCUAAUGUUAAAAUAGGAGAACAUUUUAUAUUGGAUAUGUAUGAUCGGCCAAAUGUAAUGAAACAAAAGAAUGCCUUUCCUCCAAAUUUUAUCCACUCAUUAGAUUCUAGUCAUAUGAUGUUAACAUCCCUUCAUUGUGAACGAGCAGGUAUCACAUAUGUAUCUGUACAUGAUUGUUUUUGGACACAUCCUAAUUCUGUUGAAAUUAUGGGAAAAAUUUGUCGAGAACAAUUUGUAGCACUACAUAAUGAACCAAUUCUAGAAAAUUUAUCUAAUUUUAUGAUUAAAAAAUAUGAACUUCCUAAUUAUGAUAUUACAAAUGAUACUCAAGAUAUGUUAAAUAUUUUUCGACAAUUACCUAAAAAAGGAGAUUUUAAACUUAAUAAUGUUUUAGACUCUGUAUAUUUUUUCAGUUAAAACGUUUUAGUUUGUUAUGAUAUGAG